AUGGAUAACAGUUUUCAAAUUCAAGUCGACGAUAAGGUCGAGCACAUGUAUGUCGCCUCGUUUAGACUCCCAUCCAUCUCAUUGCGGAGUUGUGUACAAUAUUUCCGAGAAUUUCUCGAUCCAAAAGAUGAAAUUGUUCAUGCAAGGAUUCCGGUUUUCUCUCAUGAAGUUAUGAGUAUGAAUCCAGGCUAUGUUAAUGCAUAUUUUAUUCUUAAAUUAAAAGGUGAUAAAGUUCCUCCGAAGCGAAAAGUGAUUUUAGAACGAAAUUAUUCGGUGAGAAUUCUCACGAAUCUUUCCCAUUGUGCUUAUUGUCACUCCAAAUCUCACACUCGUUUACAAUGUCCUGAGGCAGGAGAGUGUAAUAUAUGUGGGAAACUUGGUCACCGUGCUUUGAACUGUGAAAGCCGGAAAAGGCGUAGCCCAGCGGCCGUUCCGAUGAAUGGACCAGUUAAGAUUUUAACUAAACCAUCGGUCGAAACCUCCCAGAAAGUUUCGGGUGAUGGUCAAUCAAAGGAACAUAACGAUAGCGCCCCUCUGGGUUUCGUUGAUACUAUUUUUGACUCAGAUGGAAAGGAAAUAUUUCAUAUAGAUCCUAAUAAAUCUUGGACUUUUCACAUUUCACAACUCAGGUUAAAGAAAACGGUCCCCUCUAAUUAUCUUGUGGCCCCCUCCGAACCAGUUGCUUGGAAACGUUACAAAGAUGGGUCUAUUCUUGUCGAUGUUGUUGCUAUCGUGGGUCAUCGCAAGGUCGGUCGUGGAUUUAGAUUAGCUGCUCGCCAUGCUCCCACAACAACUCAUCCUGACGGCGAAAUUGUUGAGUAUAUUGCAUCAGCGUUGCUGAGAACCGCCCCGGAUUUGGUUAAAACUUAUGUUUCCGCCCAUGGUCUUCCAGUUACUUUGAAUUAA